AUAAAAUAUAAAAAAUAAAUAUUUGCAAAAUUUAAUAUUAAAUAAAAAAUAACUAUGACAAACAAAAAUAACUAUUUUAAAAACCUUGAAGAAUUUUACAACUCUUCAUUAUCGUCUCUCAUUGAUCCCUAAAUUAGUAUCAACGCAAAAUAGAUUGGAAUAGAGGAUGCCUAAAAAUUGAGCUCUGCUAUUUCUAAGUGCACUAAUCUCUCAACUUUGACCUUAUAUCUUCGUGGAAGUUUUGUUGAUGAUUAGCUUUCAUAAAUUUUAAGCCCUACUUUGUAAAACUGCAGCAGUCUCUUAAACUUAAAGCUAGACUUCUUCAACAAUAAUAUUGGAGAUAAAGGUUUAGCAAGCUUAUGUUCUGCUUUUGAUUACUGCACUAAUCUACAGAAUCUAAGAAUUGAUCUCUCAAACAAUAAUAUUGGAUCAAAGGGCGCUUUACACUUAGGCUAGUCUAUAGUAAAAUGCAAAAAUCUUUAAUUUUUAAACCUUGAUCUCUAUGGAAACAAAAUAGGAACAAAAGGUGUUUAAGAUUUAGGAUUAGCACUAACGAACCUCUAUAAACUCUAACAUUUAGCUAUUGAUUUAUAUUAAAACAAUAUUGGAUCAUUAGGUGCCUCACAUUUAGGCUCUGCUUUAAUGAGAUUUGAAAAUCUAGAAAUUUUAACCCUAAAUUUAAAUUCUAAUUAAGUUAGUGAGAUACCAUAAUAGCAAUUCAAAAAUAAAACAAACAAAAUCAAGAGAUUAGUUUUCUAAGCUAUCAGUUUUGACUAACAGGUUAAUUGAUUAGUUUAUAGCUUGAACAGUUUUAGAAUGACUAUUUUCACAAUUUUAAUUAAAAGUAUAGUAAGAAAACCAUCUAUUAGUUUUAAAAAAUUUUAUUGAAAUUUAUUAUUAACAUUCACUUUAAUAAAUGUAUUCAAAUAAAUAAAUCGUUACAAUUAUU